CACCUGCGAGACAGCUGUCUGAUUGCUGUCACCAGUUUCCCUUUGCACCUCUAGUGCUUCCGAACACCGCCUGAAUAUUUCCUCUGCAUAGUACACGGUUACCUCUACUUUUGGCUUGGUUUGCCUUUUUGAUAUCUGUUUCCUUUAUUUCUUCACAGGACCUGUUUCUGACCGACCACUCGUCCUUUGGCCGCUCCUCCUCUGACUGCCUGGUUGCCGCACGGUGGUGAGGACUGAUAUCAAAAUAACCACACUCAACGUCCAGGGGUUCAAUGUACCGGAGAAGAGAUCUCAGAUCCUCUACCAUAUGCACAAACUGAAGGACAGCCUGUCACCUCUGAACGUUUCCAAGAUGAUCUGUGUUCUCCCAGGCCUGUAUAUUGGCGGUGUCCCUGACGUUACAGAUGUUCAGUCCUUACAGGCCUCUGGCAUAACCCACAUAUUGACUGUAGACAGCGCAGAGCCGAAGGACCUACCGCCCUCACUUCAGAAGAUGUUUAUUCGUCUUUUGGAUGAUUCCAGCGCGGACCUUCUAAGCUAUUUGCCUGAAUGUUUAACAUUUUUAACAAGUGCUCUGGAAACGCCAGGAUCAUGUGUGCUGGUGCAUUGCCAUGCUGGGAUGAGCCGAAGUGCAGCUGUGAUUGUGGCAUACAUGAUGAACACUGCGAGAUGUCCAUACGAAGAGGCGUACCGGAGACUGCAAAACAAAAAGUCUGACGUUAAAAUCCACGAGGAGUUUGAAAACCAGCUGGCACUGUUUGAAGAAAUGGGUUGCGACGUAGAUACCAGCAGCGCGAGCUACAAACAGUAUCGCCUACAGAAAGUGACACAGAAAUUCCCCGAAUUACAGAAAGUGCCGCAGGAAGUGUUCGCCUCUGAUCCUGCCUCUAUGGGGCAAAGUACAGACAUAUUGUUCAGGUGCAGAAAGUGCAGACGAUCCUUGUUCCGGGCGGGAAGCAUCUUAAACCAUACAUUAGGUGACGGACCUGCAGCUUUUGCUCAUAAGAGACUGGCAUCGUUACAAGCAUCACAAGACCCUACGAAGUGCACUUCUUUUUUUGUGGAGCCAGUGCGGUGGAUGGAGGAUGCUCUUUUGGGAGUACUGGAUGGGCAGCUUCUGUGUCCGAAGUGUAACGCCAAACUGGGCUCCUUUAACUGGUACGGAGAUCGGUGUUCAUGUGGCCGAUGGGUCACCCCAGCAUUCCAAGUGCAUAAGAAUCGAGUGGAUGAGGUGAAGCCUCUGCCAAUCCAUGGAAGAUGAGCAGAAGUCAGACCGACACGGAUUGUACAGGACGGAAUAAAACCUCAAUUGUUUUUAUUACAUAACUUAUGACUGUAACAUUUGCUUUCCAGAUACUUCUUCUAUAUCAGUGGUCUUCAACAGCCAUAUGCUGUCCGGGCAUGCUGGGAGUUGUAGUUUUGAAACAUCUGGAGGUCUGCAGGUUGAAGACCACUGUUCUAUAUGCUGCUAGGAACCUUUAUGCUUAAAGUAUAUCUGUCGCUUAAAAAAAAAACUUUUCACAUGUCAUAGAGACAAGUCAUGAGUUUUGAUCGGUCGGGGUCUGGGUGUUCAGACCCCGACCAAUUGCUGGAAUAAGCAGCCUUCUGCAUAUUUUACCCAGCAGAUAUGCCAGUGACCCGACCCGUAGUGUGCCUCCAACCUGUGAGUAGUCGUGCGCAUGUGCAGUGUACUCGGACAUCGUGGCUGUUCUGCGUUGUCUGUGUAUACUGCAAGUGCACUCGGCAACUCGCAGGCCCCUGUGUGGCAGCUUGGAGCGGCGGAUUGCCGCUGCGAACAGGCCAGGGGGCGGAGCGAGGCAUGUCGAGUUGGGUGGCAACAGCUGGAGGCACACUAUGGGUCGGGUGAAAUACUCUGCGGAUCAGUUACGUGUGACCCUACCCUUAGUCUAAGAGUAACCAGUGUGCCUCCAGCUGUUGCAAAACUACAACUCUCAGCAUGCCUGGAAGAGCCUGGAAGGGGAUAAUUUUUUUUAAUUUUUUUUAUUUAUUUAUUUUUUUUUUCGUUUUUUUUGGUUGCAAUUUUUGUUCUUUUUUUGCAAAGGCAUUUUUCUACAGUUCCUUAAAGAAACCAAUAGAAAAAAAAAUGGCACACCUAGAGCAUGGUUAGUGACCCAAAGACUGGAAUUAUAGUUAUUUAUUUAGCUAGUUAUUUAGCAAUUUUUUUUUUUUUUUUUGUAUUUCACUAUAGAGCAGUGGUCUU